AUGUCCAACCUAACUACUGUAAAGGAAUUCCUUCUUCUUGGGUUUUCUGAAAUUCGAGAGUUCCAGAUUUCACAUGGUGUGUUUUUUCUUGCCUUUUAUUUCGCAACCCUGGCAGGUAACCUUCUCAUCAUCAAGCUGAUUGCUUUUGAAUGCCACCUCCACAAACCCAUGUAUUUUUUUCUGCUGAAUUUAGCCCUUGCAGACAUUGGAUCCGUGUCUGUUACAAUUCCAAAAUCCAUGGCAAAUUCCUUCUUCAACACAAGACUGAUUACAUAUUCUGAAUGUGUCAGCCAAGUGUUUUUCCUCAUCUUCUUCAUGGCAACAGACCUUGCUUUCCUCACGGUCAUGGCAUAUGACCGUUAUGUUGCUAUUUGUAGUCCAUUACAUUAUGAGACACUAAUGACCAAAGAAUUCUGCAUCCAAAUGGCAGCUAUCUCAUGGACUGGUGCCCUUUUCUAUGCCACAUUACACACCUUUGGCACUUUUGCAACAUCCUUUUGUUCCAAAGUCAUUAAUCAGUUUUUCUGUGAAAUCCCGCAACUGCUCAAGAUCUCUUGCUCUGAUCACUAUCAGAUUGAAGUUGGCAUCCUUGGCUUCAGUGGGUGUUUGGCCUUUGCAAGUUUUAUUUUCAUCAUCUCGUCUUAUGUACAGAUCUUUAGAGCUGUGAUGAAAAUCCCCUCUGUACGAGGGAGGAAAAAGGCAUUCUCAACUUGUAUUCCACAUUUCCUUGUGGUCUUCCUGUUCAUUUUAACGACAGCUUUUGCUUACCUGAAGCCAAUCUCAAACUCGGCCACAGAUCUGGACUUAGCAGCUGCAGCCAUCUAUUCUGUGGUUCCUCCACUGAUGAAUCCAAUCAUCUACAGCAUGCGGAACAAAGAAAUCAAAAUAGCUAUAAGGAAAUAUUUCUGCUUCCUUAAGACUGCCUUUUGUCAUAUAUGA